AAGAAGAAGGAAAAAAAAGUAUUAAGCAUUCUCUUUCUCUCUCACAAUCACACGAAUCUUGUGUUCUUUCUUCUCCGUCUCUUUCGAUACUUUGCUUCAAUCUUCUGACUUUCCUGUUCUAUUAUACCUUAAUCGGGUGUUGCUAAAACAUACACACACUAUCAGUGUUUUUCGUGCCCUGUCUUCUCCAAGUUUCCGAUUGUCUGGUUGGUUGAUACAUAUUUUACUACUUUGGUUUAUGAUUAUCUUUGUUACCGUUACUUUCAUCUCUUAACUCAAUUCAAUUAUAUAAGUUAGGGUUCUUACUCUCUUCUCUCUCCGCAAACAAUUUGGCCUGCUUAUAUAUAUAAAAAGGGGUUUGUGUGAGAAAACAGAACAAUGUAUCCUUGUGGUUACGUUGCUCAAGUCACCAACUUGUCUCCUCAAGCCACUGAGAGAGAUGUUCAUAGGUUCUUCUCUCACUGUGGUAUCGUCGAGCUCGUUGAAAUCACCGGGUAUGAAGGGGAUGCAUUAACGGCUUAUGUAACCUUCAGAGAUGCGUAUGCUCUAGAUAUGGCCGUGUUGCUUAGCGGAGCUACCAUCGUUGAUCAAACCGUUUGGAUAUCGGUGUACGGUGUCUAUUUACAUGAAUCUAACAAUCUCAGACAAGAAGAAGAUUAUACUGUAACGGCGACUCGUUCAGACGCGUUCGCUUCAUCCCCUGGAGAGGCAGUAACCGUGGCUCAACAAGUUGUAAAGACGAUGUUAGCUAAAGGCUACGUUUUAAGCAAAGACGCAAUCGGUAAAGCCAAAGCUUUGGAUGAGUCUCAGAGAUUCUCAAGCUUGGUAGCGACUAAAUUGGCAGAGAUCAGCCAUUACAUUGGCCUCACACAGAACAUUCAGUCGAGUAUGGAAGUCGUGAGAUCAGCGGACGAGAAGUAUCAUUUCUCGGAUUUCACAAAAUCCGCGGUUCUUGUCACGGGAACGGCUGCUGUGGCCGCAGCCACCAUUACAGGGAAAGUGGCUGCAGCUGCAGCUACUAGUGUGGUCAACAGUCGAUACUUUGCUAAUGGGGCUUUAUGGUUCUCAGAUGCUUUGGGCCGGGCUGCAAAAGCAGCGGCCCAUAUGGCUGGAGGAGGAAGCGAUUAAUAAUAAUGUAAAUCGUAUUUGGGCUUCGUUGGAGAACAUAAAUAAAUGUCUACAUGUGAGGUUUUAAGGCAUAAAGGUGUUGGGGAAAGAAAAGAAAAAACAUCAUGAAGAUAUGAUUGAUUAGUAACGUUACAUGUUAUUCCCUGUAUGUUGAGAAGAUAGACAGAAAUUAUAAAAUACUUUAUUACAUGAA